GCCAAUUCUUGACGGCAAUAGAAUAGAACAAUCGUCAGGGAUCGUUCUACGCUUCUACUCUAUUGCCGUUCUCUUAAGAUCACAUUUCCGUAUUCUGGAGUAUAAAGGAGGGAGCAUCGAACAGGGGAACGUAGCCACAGUGAUGCCAAAUUUCUUGACCAAUCAUAAAGCCGAAUUUUUUGACAGUAGGAAUCUGUCAUGUCAAUUGUCAUCGGUUCAGGGUUAUUCCACAUGAUUUUUGAAGUUUAUUUCCCAAAGUAUGAGUUAUGGAACAGGAGAGGAAAAGAAUUAAGUCUAAUCCAAUAACACCAAGACAAAAAGAAAUAUUGGUAGAAUUUAUUUCUGCACGAAAAGAAAUGUAUACUGGAAAAUUAACUCCAAUGUAUACCAGAGAAAAAAUGUUAAAAAACUGGCAGGAGAUAACGAAUAUCCUAAAUAGUGUUCCGGAAGGCCCUGCCAAAGAUUGGAAACAAUGGAGAAAGAGCUGGGUGGAUAUAAAAAAGAACACGAAAUCAAGACAUUCUGACCAAAAGAAAUAUAUGGCUGGCACUGGGGGUGGUCCACCACCUUAUCUUCCACCUGAUGAUCUUCCCGAAUCGAAGAAAGGUUUUAAAUAUUAUCACACCAGUUGCAAUUAUGAUGACAUCUUUGAAAAUACUGAUGAUGUAAACCUCGAUAUAAGCCAUCAAUCAAACACCACAGAUUAUAUCUUGGAAGAAAAUAUCCCAGACUUAGAGUCUAUUACCAGGAGUUAUGCGAGUGAAUAUGCUAACACGUCUACUUCUGUUAAAAGCAACAAUGUCCAUGAUUAUUGCCUUACAGAAAAUCACAAGCCACAAUCACCUUCAAUGAAGUUUGGAGUUGAUGCGGAAAAGACAGAAACUUCAAAGGUGAGUUUUAGCCGCCAAAAAAGGACUAAAAUUGGCAGGCUGGAGUAUUCAUUAAGAAAUAAUGAUAGAUUAUUGAAAUUAACUGAAGAAAACAAUAAUUCGGAAAAAGAAUACAAACAAAGAAAACUGUUGCUGUUGGAAAAUGAUUCAUUACAGAAAAGUGGGUACAAUGACCGAAAAGCUCUGGCACUUGAAACCAUUGCGAAUGCCCACAAACAAAUUGCAAUAGACAUUCAAGUUAUUAAAAAUGCGAUAACACAAAGUCAAAAGCAGUAAAAUAGUUUGUUAUUAAGACUGUUGUAGAAUUGUUUUGUUUUUUUGUUUGGUUUAUUCAGAAGGAUCCAGCACUGUUUACCAUUACAAUUAGACAUAUUUUACCCUUACCCAGUGCCGGGUCCUAAAGUUUAUUAUUUAGUUUUUAGUCUUAACUUUUUCAUGUUUAGAUAUCCUUGAUCUCAUUUUUUGUGAUUUUCAUUUUUCAUAAAACUUCAUUAUAUGCAUAGAUAGGCAUACUUAAUACCUAUGUAAAU